AAAAAAGGAGUAAAACAUGUAUAUUUAUUUUGAAUGCUUAUGACAUCAGCUUGAUCAGCUUGACAAUCUUGUUCCAAAAAAAAUUACUGGUCACAAAAGAACUCCAAGAGCGACUGGUACUUGGAAAGAAAGGUGUGAAAACUCCCUCUUUGAAUUCAUCCAAAGAAGCUUUAAAGAUAUUUCAACGAGUGAAGGUGGUAUUAUCUAAAAUACUACGCAGGCCGACAGCUUUGGUCAUGUCACAGAUGGAAGCUCAAUUGUCUUUGGAAAUGUGGGAUGGAACAUUUUGUGACCGAUUUCUUUCGCAUUGGCGCGAUGUUUUCAAAGGUAAGGCAGCUAACAAUUUUAAUUUCCUAUAAUUUUGCAAGCAUUGCUUCUUGUCAUCAAAACAUCAUUCACUGGUUAGAUAAUCUUGUCGAGGCAUCACUCACGCUCAGUGAAUAUUCAAGCGUGUGUACCCCUCGAAAUUGAGUGUUACGAGAGGGUCUUCUUCAUGGACAUUUAGUUCAAUAUGGUGUAUAAUGUAAACACUUGCCUCGGGGCAAAACGCUAUCAACAAUAAUUACCAUUUGCUACGAAAUUAAUGAGCAGAGGUGGAAAGUUUAUUUUUUUAUGGUUUCGGAAUGUGUGAUUCGUGAACGGGUUGCCAAAAACGUGAAAAAAAACAACAACUUUGUUUGGAAGACAUGCUGGUUUAUUAUUUACCCGCUGAUACGAAACUUCUCCGUUUGUCGUUCUGCUGAAAUUUUUCGAGAGCUCUCGCAACUGAGGGCGAAAGUAUAAAGACAAAGAUGAAGUUUACCGGAUCAAAUACUGAUCUGAUGUUUUACAAUACAGCAAUUUGUUAGCGCUGGAGUAAGCCAUCUCACAAAGUCGCUAAAUCUUAUUUCAUUAUACGCGAGAUUAAUUUUAAGGAAGCUGUGCCUAUUGUGAAUAGAUGAUAACGUGAAAACCACAAAAGAACGCCCCCUCGAAGAUAACAGCCAUUGCAGGGACUUAACGGCAUGACGUUAUGACAAAUUGUAAUGAAUCAGUAACGGCUGGAAACCAUUGUAUGCCGUAAAAUUUUUGUCCUUGCGAUGUGGAUUCUCAACGCAAAUGCAAACAAUACUUACAUCCUACACGGCUGAAGAAGUAGGCAACAGGUAUCGUGACAAAACUGAAUUGUGAAUCGCUUUACCGAAAAAUAUUGUGUUUAAAGCAGGGUUUCAAGCAGUGUUUUGGUAAAUGGUACAACGAGCGGCUCUGCCUGAUGAAGGGGCCGUAGGCGAAAUAUGAAUUUAUAUGAAAGAUGAAAGCUGGCAUGCAGGCUAAUAGGCGGCGGUAAGAAGUCCUUUAUCCAGCGGUAGACCGCCGGUAUCCGGUUCUUUUCGAAAUCCUUGGCUUUAAGUAUAUCCUGAGGCUUUUCUUAAUGAAAAGAAGUUAGUUACAGCUUCAACAAGCAAAAUAUCGUUCUAUUUUAGUGAGGAGUGCGUUAGAUGAAAGUCAUUAAUAUGCUAGGGUUUUUUUUCAUUACUGUUACAAAUUAAAAAUGAGUGUAGCAAUUAAGAAGAAUUGUGGCUGUGUGGCUUACAGAAAGCAGGAUUAAAUUUAUAUGCAUCCUCAAGAACAACACUGCGAUUCACUAAUUUAUAUCAAUACUAACAGAUGUAUGUCAAAUGAAAGGUACAGAUAGCAUUCAAAUUUGACAAGCUUUGCCUCUGUAUCGAGGAUUGGCGACUGUCUUCGGAAAUUCAUCCACACGCCUUCUCAGCCAAUCUCGUACAAAUUCCAAACUGCGCUGUUUUCCCGUCAGGAGGACGGUACCUUAAAUUAUGGGAGAACUCUCAUAAGCUUGUUCGAAUGUCAUUAUUAUUUGCUUGGCUGGCCAUUAUAAUUACUUAGGGAGUUUUAAAGUGAUUUACUAAAUGUAAUAAACAUCACAAGGACUUCUCUCCAGGACCAGCCGACCUAUUACUCCGAUGCGAACUAGAGAGAACUGCGAUCACGUCGCACACAGUUUUCCCGCUCCAUAGUACAUGGGGUUACCCUUGCUUGUUUUAAAUCUCGCUGGUUUCUUGUUUUUGUUUACUUUUUAACUGGCUGGACUUUAUGAUGACUUUGGUUUGGUUUUGCGAUGGCCAUGACAAUUUGCUAACAUUAUAAUAACUGUUUUUGACUCAUAGGGUGCUGAGCAAGACAUCUAAAGCAUCGUAAUUUUUAAUACGCCGAAAUGAUCAGUAACAUUAGCGCUAUUCAAACAAAGAAAGCAUCCUACAGAGAGAGAAAGUCGUCAACAUUGUGUCGACCAUCUUCUGGAUAUCCUUGUCUCGAUAGGCUCAAAAGACGCCGCCCAGAUGCCAAAGUGAUUAUCAAUGUUGGAGGACGUAGAUUUGUCACGUGGAAAAACACGCUGAAACGUUUUCCUCAAACGCUUCUGGGCUCAGAAGAGCUUGCGGCGCGUUUUUAUGACCAGGAUAGAAAGGAAUAUUUCAUAGAUCGCGAUCCGCAUUUAUUUCGAUAUAUACUAAAUUAUUAUCGUUGUGGCAAACUCCAUCGUUCGUUUGAAGAUUGCAAUGCAUCAUUUGAAGAUGAACUCUCCUUUUACGGGAUUAUGCCACAAGAGGUGCACGACUGUUGUUUUGACGAUGAUAAUGAAAACGAUAACGCUGAUGAUAGCAAAAGCACAGGGUCCGGGUCGGUAUGCGACAAAACCGAACAUGUAGUAACUCGAAGUUUGAUAGGACGAGCUCGAAAUUGGAUUUGGGUUUUACUGGAAGGCGAGGCGGAUUCCGGCUUCAGAGCGUUUUUUGGGAUGGUCAUCAUAUACAUUGUGGGACUUUUUAUCAUUCUUAGUAUUUUUACAACUGUCUAUGAAACUGUACCUUGCGAAAACGUGGAGAAGGUUUGCAAGGAAAGAACUCGAAUCUUGGAUCUAUUGGACAAUAUUUGCGUGGGUGUUUUCAGCGUGGAAUUCUGUCUCAGACUUCUUGUCUGUCCGAAUAUUGUGGAAUUCGCUAAGAACCCGAUGAACAUCAUCGAUUUUUUAUCGAUCUUGCCUUUUUAUUUAACGCUGCUAUUAGAGUCUGUGGUAGGAUCAAACUUAGAAGCUUUUGUAGUUCUUCGAGUUUUGAGAAUAUUUAGAGUUUUCAAGUUAACAAGACAUUCCAAACGUCUGCAAAGAUUUGGCGCAGCUAUGGCCAGCUGUGUUGGAGAUCUCACCUCGUUGAUGUUUGUUUUAAUUAUUGCUGUCGUGGUUUUUGCAAGUAUGAUAUACUUUAUUGAGCGCAACGCUGUGGAAGGAAAGUUCAUUAGUAUUCCUGACAGUAUGUGGUAUACCAUCGUUACCAUGAUCACACUGGGGUAUGGAGACAUGGUCCCGUCCACAUUUUUAGGUCAGACUGUAGGAGCCAUAUGUUGCGUGGCUGGCGUCAUACUGGUCGCUUUGCCGAUACCAAUAAUUCAAGAGAAAGACAUCUUCAAGAAACAGAUGCUUAGCGUUUAUAAUGUGGACGAUUUGCAAAAGAAAAUUAAGCAAAUGAGGAAAAGUGCGGACAGACCAGAGCGAGGAGAUCCCUCGUGAAUUUACUAACCUCGCAAACUCUAAUAUCGAUAUACGCAUUCUCAUUUUCUACUUCCAUACUUUGCUUGUGAAUGGUUGGGAGAAGGUACUUUUUGGUCAGGGACUAAGAGAGACUUAAACCAAGAGACCGAGUCCUCUACGGGAUAAAAUUUCCUAGAGUGACAAGAGGAAUUCUGGAGCAGUUAAAUUCGUUUUGCUUUACUGUGUUCUAUGAUUAUUUUUAGAGAAGCUCGCGUCUCUCUCCCAAUCAAUGAGAUGCAAAACUAAUGCCAUAAACGUUUUGAUGGUACCUGCGUUUUCCUGCGCUUCUGGCAGUUUAAUAUUUGUUUUUGGCGCUUUUACUUCUCAUCAGCUGCUUGCAGUAAUUUCCUUUUGUCUGAUUGGCUGUUGUAGGCGGUAACCUUCAUUUUGUCUUCAUAAUAACACUGAAGUGAAACCCGGCUUGUAGGUUUUACUCCGGAAAUUAUCCCUAUCAUUUAACCUUAGAAAAAUAAAACAAUGUUAUAUUGCCCUUGUUAAACUAAAAAAAUUUCAUUCCUAAUUCCUCUUCAAACUUUGACCCUUGAGAGUGACGAGGUUAUAACAUCUCUACACAGUAUCACCCCUGAAACUCACAGUAAUGUCACCAGAAUAAAGGAAAUGAUUGUAAAUUCAAUAGAUGAAGGAUAUUAAGGCGCUCAACGUUUUUGAAAUUAUUGUCAUUUGAAUUAAUGAAUACUUUUGCUACGGAUUCAGAGCAUUUGCGACGUGCAAAAGUUAUUUAACUCUAUUGGUAUGUAAACGUCAAAGGGGUAAGAAUAAGCUGAAAGGAAACAAGGAUGGAUUGGAACGGAUGUGUGAUAGACUGGGAAUUAGUUCUGCAAACCCCCCCAUAAGCCCAUUCGGUCAAAUAAUAAAAAAACACAUUGUCAGGUUUAA